AUGACAUUGUGGAGAGCGGCGUCAAAUUGCUUAGCAACCAAAUCGAAUCUCUGCAUUAAGAAGGUACUGAAUGAUAACAAUUGCCCUUUGUGUGGCGUCUUCGCCGAAACUGAGCUGCAUUUGUUAGUCUCUUGUCAAUUUGCUUGGGCUUGUUGGGAGUUUUCUGGAUUUAUUGCAGCUGAUAGCAAUCCCGUGUCCUUGCUGUCAUGGCUUAGUUCCAACGCUGCCCGAAUGGAUGAUGAGAAGUUAAGCCGAGUCGUCAUGUUGUGUUGGGCAAUAUGGUCAGCCAGAAAUGAUCUCCUUUGGAAGAAUCGGGCUCGAAGUGUAAAAAGUGUGGUUGAUUUUGCUCAAUCAAGUUUGCACCAGUUUUUGAAGGCUCGGGCGAAGCAACUUACCUCUGCGCCUCGAAAGCCUGGUGAUGCCUCGGAGAUCUGGACCAAGCCGACUGUAGGCAUCAAGUUGAACGUUGAUGCAGCUCUCUUUGUUCAAGAACUCAAGCAUGGAUACGGCUGCGUGAUUCGAAAUACUGAUGGUGACUUGGUUUCUGUUUUCGCUGGUGCAAAGCAAGGCAAAGUUUCACCUGAAAUUGCAGAAGCUAUGGGCAUUAGAGAAGCGUUAAGUUGGUUGAAAAAUCACAACUUUUCCCACGCUACUGUUGAAUCCGAUAGCCUGGUUUGUGUGGCUGCUAUCCGAAGCAAUGAGAAGCUUAAUUCUGGGUUCGGUUUUAUUGUGGAAGAGUGCAAGUUAAUCCUUAGAAGUUUAUUAAAUGUUACUUUAUGUUUUGUCAAUCGUUCUGCGAAUCGUGCCGCGCAUUAUAUUGCCCGACACUCUUUGUCUCUAGCUGAACGAAUAGUUAUUGAGAUUUAUGGUAUGUGUGCUCGUUUCUGGUGGGGUGGUGAUAAUGAUUUUCGCAAAAUGCACUUGGGUACAUGGCCUCACCUUUGUUGGCAUAAAUCUAAUGGUAGAAUGGGGUUUCGUAACAUGUUUCUUUUUAAUCAGUUUCCCUUUGCGAAACAAGCAGGUCGACUCUAUGAUAGUCUUGAUUCUUUGGUUGCUUGUGUGAUGAAAGGCUUUUAUUACCCACAUAGCUCGAUUGUGAAUGUUCUUGAAAUCAAACGUGCCUCUUUCUUAUGGAAGAGUGUCUUAUAUGGGGCCGUGAUUUAUGGAAGAAAGGGGUAA